CCACCAUCCCCCGCGCCGCCGCCCUCAGCCGCGCCGGGCCCCGCCAUGCGGCACAGCCUAGCGCAGCUGCUGGCCGCAUCCUCGGGCGGGGCGAGCCCCUCCGGGGCCUCCUGGCCGCUCUCCGGCGCGGGGUCGGCCCCGAGAGGGCGGGACGGCGGCGACGGGGAUGCGAGCCCCGCUCGGGCCAAGCCGCAGCAGCCGAGGCGGGAGGAGGCGGCGGCGGAAGCGGGCGUGGGGCCUCCGGAGGCGUGGGAGCAAGAGGACUGGUUCCCGGGGCUGGAGCUUGGAGACCUGCUGGAGGCGGCGAGGCCGGAGCUGAGCGCGGAGGCGACGCCGCGGCUGAAGAAGAAGAAGCAGAAGGAGAAGCAGCAGAAGAGGCGGCAGUACGUGCUGGGUCUGGAGAACCGCCUGCAGGGCCUGGCUGCCGAGAACCGGCAGCUGCGGGACCGCAACCGCGGGCUGAGCCGCCGCCUGCGCGAGCUGCGGAGGGAGAGCGCCUAUCUGCGCGCCGUGCUGGCCAACCAGAGCGCGCUGGGCCGGCUGCUGGGCCGCCUGGCGGGGCUCUUCCCGGAGGCCGGCGGAGACAGCGGCGACCACGACUACGCCCUGCCCAGCACCCGGCCCCGCGGCCCGCAAGAGGAGGAGUGGGCGGCUCCCGGCGGGAUCUGCCUCCACGUGGAGCGGGAUCAGGUGUCGGUGGAGUUGUGCUCCGUCUGCGCGCGGCGAGCGGCCGCCUCCUUCAAAAUUUUCUCUUUUAGGUGCUUGCCCUGCCAGGCUCCGUUGUGUAGGGGUUAAAGAACAGUCGUUUUCCACCUCGCAACCUGGUAAGGAUCCAUAUAUUCCCAUAAUGUGGUAUCAGACAGCUUGCUUUGGUUUUGCCAGUCCCUUGUAACAACUGGUUCAGGAAAUGAUUGCUCUGGUCCUGGGCCUGCUCUGCCAAAAUGAUAACUAACAGCGAAAACUACAUUCAAAUCAUUCUUACUAGGUGUUUUCCUCUUUUCCUUUUUUAAAUGAAAUACACACAUAGCAGCCAAUACUUGAGCUAUAUUUUGGAUUUAAAACUAAACACUUAAGCCAUUUGAAAUAAGAAUUUUCUUUUAAACCAAGUAUCUGAUGAGGGAAAAGGGGAAAAUACGCUAAUAAGGGGGAAUGUGACACAGCCUUUUAUCAUAGAGGACUGCCCCAAAACUGUCAGUAAAUUGAUUUUUAAAUGGAGAAAAAAAGAACUUGUGACCUGUUGGUUUAAAAUACUGUCUAGUGUUAGGGGUGCACAGUACCUUAAAAAAGCCCUUCUCUAGCUUCUUUGAAAUCACAAUGUGGAGUUUUCCCUGGUUAAACAGAACCUUAA